AUGGUCAAAUUUGCCCUUGAACUAUGCGAAAGGAUCAAAUUUGCCCGUGAACUAUGCGAAAGGUUCGAAGAAGAAAUCGGUAGUAAAAGAAGGGCAGCGUCACAUUUUUUUGAGUUAGAAGCAGACGUUGACAGCGGCGAGGAAGGAGAAGACGAAGAAGAAGAAGCAGAAGAAGGUUUCAUUGACGAUGAUUCCAACGAAAUAGACAAUUCUGUCCUCCAACGACGUCAUGUUAUUCAUCCACAAAUUGGUGAAGACGAAGACGAAUUUACACGUAGAAUUGUAGAAAGAUACGGAAGAAAAUCGAGAUAUGAAGAAGAGGAAAAUGCAACAGAGGUUCUUGAAUUUCAGCAAGCACUUUUGCCUACAAUAAAAGAUUCUAAGUUAUGGAUGGUUAAGUGUGCAAUUGGCCAUGAGAGAGAAGUAGGUGCAUGUUUAAUGCAGAAGCAAAUUGAUAAAUCCUUUAAACUGCAAAUUAAAUCGGUAAUUGCACUUGAUCAUCUCCAGAAUUACAUAUACGUUGAAGCAGAUAAAGAAUCUCAUGUUAGGGAUGCAUGUAAAGGGAUGCGCAAUAUUUUCUUGAAAAAUAAGAUUGUAAUGGUUCCAAACAAGGAGAUGUCUGAUGUGCUUACUGUGAAAAACAGAGAAUCAGAAUUUUCAAAUGAUUCUUGGGUGAGAUUGAAGACUGGGAAUUACAAAGGAGACCUUGCACAAGUUGUGAAUGUGGAUGAUAUUCGACGAAGAGUUACUGUGAAAUUGAUUCCAAGAAUUGAUUUUCAGGCUUUGGUUAACAAAAUUGAAGGUAAUUUACCGCUGGAAAAGUCGAAGAAAUUCUGUCCUCCACCGAGAUAUUGGAGUGCUAGUAAAGCCAAGGCAUUGGAAAUUCCAGUGAAGCGACAGAGAGAUUUAGUUACUGGGGAUUACUUUGAUACAGUUAAUGGCAUGAAAUUCAAAGAUGGUUUUUUGUAUAAACCAGUGUCCAUUAGGUCGAUCAGUAACAAUGUUCAGCCAACUCCGGAUGAUCUUGAGAAAUUUCGCGGAGCUAGAGAUGAUGAUAAUGAUACAGAAAAUAGCAUAGGUUUGCCUGAGAGUGUUGCAAUCCACAGCAAAGAUUUGAUCAAGAUAUUUGAACUUGGAGAUCAUGUUAAAGUUGUUUCUGGAAGUAAGGAAGGUGAAAUUGGUUCAAUUACUUCAGUUAAAGGACAUGUAGUAACUGUACUGCCCGACAAAUCUACUAACACAUUGGAUGUGUUGGCUGAUCAUAUCCAGAAAAGUUCUGAGGUUGCAUAUUGUACUAAAGAUAACAACAGAAGUAGAAAUGGGGUUGUAACAAUAACCAAUUUCAGACCUCCACCUCUUAAGAAACGAGAAGGAUUUGGAAGAGUAAGGCGUGAUCCAUUAUUGAAUGCUCGAAUUAAAAUCCGUCAAGGACCUUAUAAUGGGAUGACUGGGACAGUUGUGGAAGUUAGAGGGAAUAAAACCCGGGUGGAAUUGGAGGCUCAAAUGAAUUUUGUUUAUGUUGAUCGCGAUCAAAUUUAUGAGAACGUGGAAACGGAGAAUUCUAGUUGCAUGGAAGAACGAUAUGGCCGAGGGGGUGAGACUCCUAUGUACUGUCCAAGAACUCCACUUCGUCCAUGGAUGACUCCAACAAGAGAUUCUCCUGCAACACCUAUUCAUGAAAGAAUGAGAACGCCAAUGCGAAGUCGAGCAUGGAAUCCUUAG